CUGCGGGGCGCGGGGGUGGGGGUGGGGGCAGCUCUCACCCCACUGGGAGGAGGGGGUCAGGCAGACCAGGCCAACUAGAGAAUCUUAGUCCUUGACAGGGAGUAACUGGACCCAAACACCCGCCCACUGCCAGCAACAGACAAGGGGUCUUGGCCACUCAAGGCCCCCAGUGGGCAGGCAAGCUUGGGGUGGAGCAGCCCCUGGAGGCCAGUGGAGCGCGGGUGGAGGAGGCAGGGAGCCCAGGAGCCGCCCCAGGAAGAGGGAGCGGCUUGCCGGGGAGCCAAGGAGCAACACGCAGCAGGCACCAAGCACUGGGCCAUGGGGACCCCACAUCCUGGCAACACUGGGUAAGAAGCUAGGUUUUGAGGGUCGGCAGGGAAAAGGGGAGGGCAUGGAAAGAUUUGGCUAUGGCCACCCUGGUCUCUUCCUGCUGUGUUUAUAGCUGUCCAUCCUGGAUAGUCUGUUCAUCCAUCUGUUCCUUCAGCCCUCUUAACCAGGGAAUGGGGAAAGGGGUAGGCAUCUAGGUGAAGGCAGUGGCAGGGAUUGCCAUGGAGACGGGACUCUGGGGAUAGAGGUGGGUUCAUGGGUACAGAGAGGGUCAGAGAUAUGUCUAUAGGACCUAGAAGCCUUGGGGCACAGAAAUGAGUCUACAUGCAUAGAGAUGGGGCAUUAGAAAAUAAAUGGGUCCCUGGGACAGGGAUGUGCCUUUAUAAGAGUUAGGUCAUGGAGGUGGCGUGAAUGUCGACAAGACUAAAAGGUGGCGUAAUGUCUUUAAUCCUAGCACUGGGGAUGGCAUGCCUUUAUUCCUAGCACUUGGGAGACUGAGGCAGGUGGCUCUGUGAGUUUGAGGUCACCCUGGUCUGUGUAUUGAGUUCCAAGCCAGCCAGUUGACCUGUUCCCCUACUCCCCACAAAGGAAGAUGGAGAUGAGGUGAAGGUUGGUGAUGAGGUAGCUGGGGCUUUAUGGUCAGAAAUGGGCCAAGGUCUAUCCCAUGAGGCCAUGGGCCAGGAACCUGCUGUGUUGGGAGACUGGAGGUGGGGGUGGAGAUGGAGACCAAGAUACUAAGGGCCUAGACCAGGUCCAGUCAAGCCUUCAAGCAGUGGACAGAGAAGACACAUGGGGCAGUGAGGCCAGGAGCAAGAGAUGAAGUGGAGUCAGAAAUGGAGCAUCCUCGUGACUCCUGUGGCUGUUCUUGGGCCUAGGUCGAGGCCACGGUGUCACAUGGAUACUGGUGAUGGGACCCCAGCCUCACUGUGGCCUCCUUUCCUCCAUGCAGCCCUCCUGGCCACUGACAUGAGCCUCUGUGUGCCCCUCAACCUGAGCCUGGCCGACGAGGCGACCGCGUGCACAGCGCCUAGGGUCCCCAACACGUCGGCUGUGCCUCCGUUGGGCGGUUCUGGCGCAUCGCCUGCAUUGCCCAUCUUCUCUAUGACCCUGGGUGCUGUAUCUAACGUGCUCGCGCUAGCGAUACUGGCGCAGGCCGCGGGCCGUUUGCGGCGGCGCCGCUCCGCCGCCACCUUCCUGUUGUUCGUCGCAAGCCUGCUGGCCAUCGACCUAGCGGGCCACGUGAUCCCGGGCGCGCUAGUACUGCGCCUGUACGCGGCAGGGCGCGCGCCGGCCGGCGGUGCCUGCCACUUCCUAGGUGGUUGCAUGGUUUUCUUCGGCCUGUGCCCACUGCUGCUGGGCUGCGGCAUGGCCGUGGAGCGGUGCGUGGGUGUCACGCGGCCACUGCUCCACGCGGCGCACGUCUCGGUAGCCCGCGCGCGCCUGGUACUAGCCGCGCUGGCCUCCAUGGCCCUGACCGUGGCCCUGCUGCCGCUAGCACGCGUGGGUAGCUAUGAACUGCAGUAUCCUGGCACCUGGUGCUUCAUCAGCCUCGGUUCACCCGGAGGCUGGCGCCAGGCGUUGCUCGCCGGCCUCUUUGCGGGCCUCGGCCUGACCGCGCUCCUUGCUGCGCUCCUGUGCAACACACUCAGUGGCCUGGCGCUCCUGCGCUCUCGCUGGAGGCGCCGCCGCUCCCGACGGCUCCCCCAAACUUCGGGGAUCCCCGGCCGCCGGCGCUGGGGUUCCCACCAAUCCCGCUCAGCCUCCGCCUCAUCUGCCUCGUCCAUCGCUUCGGCCUCUGUCACCCUCCGCAGCUCCCGUGGCGGCGGCGGCUCGGCGCGUAGAGUCCGCGCGCACGACGUGGAGAUGGUGGGCCAGCUCGUGGGCAUCAUGGUAGUGUCGUGCAUCUGCUGGAGCCCCCUGCUGGUGUUGGUGGUACUGGCUGUUGCGGGCUGGAGCUCCAGCUCCCUGCAAAGGCCGCUCUUUCUGGCCGUUCGCCUCGCCUCGUGGAACCAGAUCCUGGACCCAUGGGUGUACAUCCUGCUGCGCCAGGCCGUGCUCCGUCAAUUGCUUCGCCUCCUGCCCCCAUGGGCCGGUGCCAAGGGCGGCCCUACAGAGCUGAGCCUAACCAGGAGCGCCUGGGACGCCAGUUCUCUGCGUAGCUCCCGGCACAGUGGGCUUACCCACUUCUGAACGCACCUAGAGACUAAGCUAAUCCACCCUGGGCUGGGUGCAGUCUUUGAGGUAAAAAAGCCACUUAGUGAGCCCAGAGCAAUGUGUCCCAUUCGGGCUGCAGUACACACUGGCCGGGAGACAGAAGAACCCUUCGAACAAGUGCACUUCUAAGGUUGGCCACGCGAGGGCGAAAGCUCGAAGGGCCAGAGGUGGGAGCCAGGGACCAUCUUCAAAUGCUGCCCCACCCACGCAAUUUGGGUUUGGGGCUCCCCCACAAGCAGAGCUAGAGAUUUAAGCUUCACUUCCUGUCUCUGCCGGCGCCACGAUGGACUCUCAUUUUGGUCCUGAGCUACCCCAAUACAGCCCAAACAACUUGCACCCACCACAGCCUUACCCAGUG